ACCAUAUCAAAGCAAACCAGCUGCUUGACUCUUUGUUCAUCCUUUUUUCAUCCAUUUUUGGGGGUCUUUUGGAGACUCUACCACCAUUUUGGGCCAUAUCUUGCCACUCUUUCUCUCCAUCUCCUUCCCCUACACCUACUACCGUAAAAAGCGCAAACAUGCCUUCUGAUUCCGAGGAUUUGUUCGAAGAGAAUCACGAUGAAGGAACCACCUCCGACGAAGAAGACGGACCAUCUGGCCCUCCGGUUGCAAGCGAUCUCUACGAGGUUCUCGGUGUCAAAGAGGAUGCGACUCAGGACGAGAUCAAGUCUGCCUACCGGAGGCUGGCCUUGAAGCAUCACCCAGACAAGGCUCCUGCCGACCAGAAAGAUCAAGCGCAUUCCAAGUUUCAGCAGAUUGCCUUCGCUUAUGCGAUCUUGUCGGACGAAAAGCGCCGCAGGCGGUUCGAUCGCACCGGCAGCACCGCGGAAGCGGCCGCCGGCGACGAAGAUUUCGACUGGACAGAAUUCUACCGAGACCUGUACUCGAACUCGGUCGAUACGGAUGCGAUUGACAAAUUAAAGGAGGAGUAUCAGGGCUCUGCAGAAGAAGAGAAGGAUAUCCUGGAGGCGUUCGACCGCCACAGAGGCGACAUGGACCGCGUCUACGAGUCGGUGAUGCUGAGCAAUGUGCUCGAUGACGACGAGCGGUUCCGCGCCAUUAUUGACAAGGCUAUUGCGGAAGGCAAGGUGGAGGCUUACAAGAAGUACACAGAUGAGCCGGCGAAGAAGCGUCAGGCGAGAAUCAAGCGGGCGCAGCAGGAAGCAAAGGAAGCUGAGGAGUUGGUUAAGGAGCUUGAGGAGAAGAAGAAACCGAAGACGGAAGUCAAGGAAAAGCCGGCGACGACGACGAAGAAGAAGAAGACCAAGACGAAGGACAUCUCUGAUCUUGGUGAUCUCGCUGCAGCUAUCAAACAACGACAAGCCAAUCGCAUGGAAUCGCUCAUGGAAAAAUGGCAGACAGAGGCGGAGACGCUCAAGGGAGGCAACGGCAAGCGCACUAAACGGAAGACUCUUUUUGAGGAGCCGCCCGAGGAAGCAUUUGCUGCCACCGCUGCUCGUCAGUCUUCCAAGAAGACAAAGAAGUCGAAGGCGUGAGCUGCUCCACUUUGGAUCUCCCCUUUUUAUUUUUCGUCCUUUUUCCACCGGCGUCGGGAGUCUUUGGUACUUGGCAGGUCUCUACAUGAAGCCUUGGAAGGAGGUGGACAUCUUACGGAAGGAUUGCACUCAUAUUGCAUAUCAUAUUUGAGCGAACUGAAAGUAUCUGGUGUCUCUAUGACUUUUAUGAUGCUCAUUGCGAAGAAUAGCAUGGUAUUACAUAUGUAGCAGGACACAAUGCCAGAUCA